GAGAGGAAGAGAGGAGAGACAAGCUUGUGAUUCCUUUUCGCAACUCCUGCAUUUGACCGACAUCAUUCUAGCUAUCAACAGCAAGGAAACGAGAUCAAACAGACCACCAUCUCCCCAAAGAGCCAUCAAAGACAGUUUUUUAAGCUCACAGUAGAUACAAGAUAAGUGGCAAGUUGAAGUGAAAAAGAUUUCAUGAGAUGACAUUUUGUCUUUGGAAUAAUCAACUGAAGGACCAUCAUCACACACACCCUGAAGAGGAGAAGCAAGGAAGGAAGAAAUAUUUGUAAGUCCAUAAAUGGCCUUAACAUCUCACAGGUGCCAUUGAGUGUGUCAGCAGACUUGGUUCAACAUGAGCAUCCCAAGUGGUUACCAGGGACUGACGGUCAAUGUUGACAGAGGAGAAAAGAUUGUAAAUAAAACCCAGAUUCACUUCCCCCAGUCUGGUGAUGAUAAUGCCAAUCAGUUAUCUUCCAUUGCUGACCAAGAAGGAGAAAGACUGGUAGAAGAUGCAAGGUACAGCACAAUCUCCAUCCCUCCCUUGGUCUCUCAGAGCGAUUCCCCGGACAAGUUAGUGAUCUGGGGUUCUGCUCAACAAUGCAUGGAGCCUGAGCUCAGAGAGAUUGAGCUUUUGGAGUGUCAGGAGAUACAUACGUUUUUGGGAAACAGGGCUCAGGGAGAGGAGAAUGAAGAGGAAGAUGAUGGAGGAAGUAUAAGAGAUGGAAAAGAUGAAGGUCCCAUGUCUAUAUCCUCAAGCUCAACUGCCAGUUCUGCUUCAACUGGAGUGAGGAGAAAUGACAACGACAGCAACAAAGUGGAAAGCAGAAUACAGAGGGCCAGAGAGGUGCAGAAAAGGAUUGCCUGUCAUAGCACUGAAGAGCUAGACACAUGUGUGACAGGCUCAAUAGAGGAAAGGGACAACAGGUCAGGCAGAGCAAGAGACAGAGAGAGACGCAAGGGAGGUCUGAAGGAGUCCAAGUCAGAGACAAACGUAUUUGUCUCCAGUCUAUCAGCCCUUUCCCUCAGUGGGAGUCUUGCAAGUGCUCUGGAUAGUAGUGGGGAAACGCAGUCUAUCAUCCCUCCGUCCAACUCCAAGACCAACCCUUAUUCCAAUACAAACAGCACUACCUCAGCCCAGACCAGAAGGACAGCCCCUGUCGAUGCCAACCAGAACUCCCCACCAUCGCAUCUACAGGGAAAACAUGGCUGUGCUCAAAACUACAACCAGGAUCAAAGACAGGAGGAGGGAGGUCAUCACAGAAAUGGAUUGUCCCUUGAAGGGGGACUAAGCCAAAGAAGGAAGGCUGGAUUUGAGGAGAGGGUGAUGCCACCACGAAGGCAACAGCUUGUCAGACCCCUCUGUCAGACAGAGAUGGGAAGAGCGAGGAGCUUACCAGAGCCCAGUGUUCAUCAAGCUGAAACAGGGCAACCUUCUUCCACCAACCUCCCCACGGAUUCACACAGUAAUGGGUCCAACAGGAAGUUAACAAAGUCAUCUUUACGUGAGCCAUCAGACUUCUCUGCCCUGUACAGCGCAUCCCAUCCCUCGCAGCCCAGGCAGCCAAACCAGGCAGCCCAGAGGGAGGCUCCACCUACAGAAAAACAGCCAGGUACAACUGCAUGGCGUAAUGCAAGUCCUUCCAGUCCUUCUGCUUUAGAAAAGAGACCCCAGACUCAGCUCACAUACAGAAAGAAUUGCUCCAGUCCCAACAGGAUGAGGGUUGAUUCUAGGUCAUCUACCCCUCCCCACUCCCCUCUCAGGACACCCCAGGGUUCACCACGUAGACAACCCUCCAUGUACCUCGUUUCCAAGAAUGUCUCUGGAGUGGUUAGACACAACCCGUCAGGAUACAACCCUGUUGUAACAACAUCAGCUCAGGGCAAUGGCAACAGUUGUAUGAGAGCACCAGUCAAAACCAAUAUAAGCACAAGUGGAAUCCCCAAAGCGCCUCUUAACAACCAGCAGAGCUCUAAUCACAACUCCAGCCCCAAAGAGAGCUCCCCAUCACCUAAACUUAAACCUAAAGGAGUCCGACCUAAAAUCAUUACCUAUGUCCGUAAGAAUCCUCAGUUUAAGCCUCAGGCUUCUGAUGGACCUUAUCAGGUAUCCUCUCUACCAUCCCGGCUCUCAGCAUACACACACGCCCAACCAUCCUUCAAGGACACCCCUAAAGACCCCAUCAAGCCUGAUGCAGAAACCAGAGGACCCCCAGUACUCAGUGCCUCCAAUCUGCUUUAUGACAAAUACCGCCAAGAGAUGCAGACAAACAUCUUUCCAUCAGGAAUGCUGAGCAGGAGUAUCAGGCCCUCUGGACAUACACACACUGUCCCCCCUGCACACACACAUGCCGCUCCACAUGCACACACACACAGCCACACGGCACCCCCAAAGCUGGGCAGCAAAGCAAACAACUUCUAUGGGGCAUCAUCAGAGGUGGGAAGAUCUGCCAGUUUUAAAGGGAGUGCUGUUGAGGAUGCACUGCAGACCCGGAUGGCCACUCAGGCUGGAGGGAGUGGCAGUCUCCUGCGCUCUGGCAGAGGUCUGCGUCUCGGCCUGGGAGCUGUCACGAGGACGACUACGGGAUCAGCCAAGGGCAGAGGGUCUGCACAAGGUCAGAGGUCAACGUUGGUCUUCAGCCAGCCAGUCCAACCUGUCAGCCCAGCAACCAAUCAGAAAAGCCAAGAUAACACAGAUGAUCAGGUCUUCACCCAUCAUGCUCCUGCUCCAGCUACAGCCCAGUCCCAACCACAGGCUGCCGCCUCCAGGUCUCUGCUUCCCAAAGCAAGCCAGUCAGGCCUGCGCCCCCCGGGCUUCAGCUCCAGCCGUCUACCUGCAGGGCGCCUGGCAGCCUUUGGCUUCGUCAGGAGCUCCAGUGUGUCCUCUGUCUCUUCGGCCCAGUCUGCCGACAGCACACAGAGUGACCCCUGCAGGACAGCUCACCGUCUGAGUGUGAGCGAGGAGCCUCCUCUUCACAGAGUGACCACCGUCCCUCCAUCGACGGAUCACCAGAGAGGGCCACCGGGUCGCAGCAACAGCCUCCAGCCCCCAUCUACUCCUGCCCUGCCACGCCGCUACCUGCCUGCCCAGCCAAGAAGCUCCCCUGGAGUUGGCAGAAAGGAGUUUCAGCGCAGUUCAGAGGUCACACGUUCUCUCCCAUCCUCCCCAAAGAGGCUGGCGGUGGUUCCUCCCAAACCUCAGUCCCCAGUCCAGUGUGGGCAGCGGCCGGCAGCAGCAGUGCGAGGGUCAGCUCCCCCGGGGUCCCCUCGCCGUGUGGCCCCCCUGAGCUUGCAGCAGGAACAGCAGGAGAACCUGCAGAGAGAGAAAGAGGAGGCUCAACAGAAAGAAAAAGAAAGGCAAGCAGAGGAAAGAGAGAAAGAACAGCAAAGGGAGGAGGUUCAAAGGCUGCAGGGACGCUGUGAGCAGCAGGAGAGGCAGCUGAGAACUCUAAGAGAAGAACUGAGGAAGACUUCCCUGGGUCUGGAAGCCUUCAUUAUCACCACUCAGCAUUAUUGCCUCAAGAAUAAGACAUCAGAAGAAAAUCAAAGGAAAUUAGUUUUGGAAAUGCAACGGAUCAGAGAGGAAAUGGCAUCCAACUCAGCGCGAUGGGAGAGACUCCACCGGGAGAAGACAGCUAUGGAGGUGGCGUUUGAACGAGAGCUGCAGGAGCUGCAGCUGCAGCAGGAGGCAGAGCUGGCAGCUGUCGAAGAGGGGCUCAGGAAGUGUCACUCUGCGGAAGCUGAACAUCUGAAGGCGGAGCAUCGGUCAGAGAUGGAGGAGCUGAGGACUCAGCAACAGGAACAGGUGGAAGAGAUGACACUCAAUCACCAGGCAGCCAUUCAGGAGCUCCGAGACAUGCAUAACAUUACCAUGGCAACACUGCAUGAGGAGCAUGCCCGUACCAUGAGAGAUUUAAGGAAAGCUCAUGAGCAGCAGAAGGUGCUUCUAGAGGAGGAUUUUGAUAAACUAAGACUUUCCUUACAGGACCAAGUGGAUACUCUUACAUUUCAAAACCAGAGUCUGAAAGACAAAGCCAAACGCUUUGAGGAGGCUUUGAGGAAGAGCACAGAUGAACAGAUAGUUGAUGCUCUGGCUCCAUACCAGCACAUUGAGCAAGAUCUGAAGAGUCUGAAGGAGGUUGUGGAAAUGAAGAACCAGCAGAUACACCAGCAAGAGAAGAAAAUCUCUGACCUUGAGAAAGUGGCCCAAAAGAACGUAUUCCUUGAGGAGAGGGUCCAGGUUCUGCAGCAGCAGAAUGAAGAUCUGAUGGCUCGUAUUCAAAUGAACUUGGCCCUCUCCAGGCAACUGUCAGAGGAGAAUGCCAACCUCCAAGAGUCUGUUGAGAAAGAGAGCAUAGAGAAGAAGAGGCUGAGUCGGAACAAUGAGGAGCUUCUGUGGCGCCUCCAGACCAGCCCUCUCGUGUCCCCUGCCUCCUCCCCGCUGCACCGCUCCUUCUCCACCUCCCCCAUACCCUCAUCCCCAUUCUUCUCCUCCUCACCUGUAGCAGGGUGUGACUCCCCCACUCACUGUCAUGGCUGUCCCCAGCAGGCUCAAUACUGCUCCCCCUCUCACAGAGCCGCCACUAAUCAAAAUUUCUCGCCGGGACCAGCCACACCCACUCACAGGGCAGCAAGCAACCAGAAUUACUCCCCUGGCCCAGCAACGCCCACACACAGAGUGUCAGCCACUCGCUGCAACGCCUCGGCUUGUCUCAGCUCUUCACAGAGAUAAGCUAAGAUCUGUCUCUUUCUUCAUUUUCUUAGCAUUCUCUUUCAUUUCCUUCAUUAUCCUCUCUCCUCCUUUCCUUUUUGAAUGUGAAUGGCUUUGAAGUACAAGCUGCAGAAAAACAAGGACUGUGGUCUCCAGCCAUCAGACAGACAGCGCAGUCAGUGUCAAAGCACUGAGGUUACAGAAUCUUGAACUUUCUCAAGAUGACUGCGGCUCAGUUCUUUGUCUCCGAUCCCAACUUGUAUGAAGACUGGAAAUGUAGACUGUAUAUACUGUAUGAUAGUGACACAGAUAGUGUCGACAUAGUGAAACCUCCCUGCAUGGGUAGUAAUGAGUCCCUCAUAGACGGAAACAGUACAGGUGAAAACUAGCACACUCCUGUCACCAGAACACAAUACUCCAGUAAAAACACGGUCAUGUUCUCGAUAAAAUAAGCUAUAUUCUCUCUCUCACUGGGAUUAAUUUCUCAUAGUCAGUUCUCUUUCAAGAGACGAGUUGCAAUUCUGAGUCAUGAACUGAAUCAGCUUUGAGCAGAAAUGAUUUUCUGUUUUGUGUUUCAUCUGGACAAAUCCCUAACAAAGCGCCUUAUACUCGGUCCUGCCAUCUCACCAGCAGAGAACAAGAUGAAACAUAAAAAAAAUUAAAUACAUAAAAGGACUUUGGAUAAAGAAUUGGUUUGUAACUCAAAGUGAAUUAUGUUUUUCAGCCUCCUCGAGGUAUUGUUAACAUUUUGUAAUUAAUUAAGUGCUGACAGUUUCACAUGUGUGCGACAACCCUACCUGGAACCCCAGCCAUUUUACCUGCAAAAUACAUAAGAGUUAAAUGUUCAAACUUUGCCAGGUCUUCCUUCAGCGUCUCGCUACAUGAGCUACUCUUCACUUUUAGGAUCCCUCAGGUCAACUUGCAAAAACUAUGUCUGCCAUUUUGUAAUUACCUCAGCGGGAAUGUGCAGUCUGUUGUGCCUGUAGCGCAACAGCAACAACAACAACAACAACAACAACAACAACAAAACACACACAGCUACCAGGUAGUUCAAUGUUAAGGGGGAAACCCAAUACAGGAUUCUUUGUUUUAAAUGUUGUGUAUUUGUUUAAAUGGUGACAUUCAUAUCUAAUUUAUUUGUUACAUGUAUUUUGCUACUUAAGCAAGCAUGUACUGUGAAAGUCUUCCAGUCUUAGUGUGAAUCUUAUUAUUGCUGUGAUCUGUCUAUUUAUUAAGCUUGAGGUGUGAAGGAAAUGAUUGGUGUUUGUAACACUGGAAAUAUCACCUAUGGGACACAAGUGGAAUACGUGACGUACCCCAGGAGAAAACAGAUAGAGUGCAAGUUUGAAGUUUUUGAAGUUUUUACUUCAUGGAUACAUAGAUGGUGUUCAAAGGACUGUGUAAUGAUAGGAUGUGGGGUCUAUAAGCUAUGUAAGUUUUUUAAAAAGUACAGGUAAAACCUCUGUUUACCUCUUUGUGAAUAGUGUCACAAAGAUUGGCAUAACCCUGUGUGAACCUGUGUUAACCUCUUCAUAACCUCUUCUGAUGCUCUUUAUCUGAAUGAUACUUUUUAUCCUUGAAAUAUUAUGUUUAAACUUUUGCAAGCUACACUGAAUUGUCAUUGCGCAAGAAUAUAUUGUUCAGGGAAUUAUUUUCUAAAUUUAGAUUAGAAAUACUUUGGAAUUUCAUUUUGUAUAGCUUCUCAACAGAACAUUAAACACUGUCAAGGUGUUUCCCGAGAAAAUUUUCCACUUCUGUGGAAUACAAAAGAGAAACCAACCUUUGGUAUAUAAAAAAUGAGAAUUAUUUUAUAGCAUACAGUAUGUCAUAGCUGCCUCCUCUACUGUACUCCACUGACAAAUUUACCCUCAGGGUCCUAAUCUUUCUUCUGGCUUUGAACAAGUCAACAUAGAAAACUACAGUAUUACACAGUCUAAUCUCAGUGAUUUACUCGCACGUUAACAAAUAAAGCUGACGCUGUUCAGAUUACUCAUGAAAAUGAGCUGUAAAUAAACAAGGCUAGUGAGAAGUUAUGAGGGUAAGUCUGUAAUGGCAGGUACAGCAACCAAGGCUUAGGGUUAAUGAUUGAUGAAAUAUCACUUAAGUACACUUAACAAAAA